CACCGACACGAGAAGAAGAAACUACGACGUCACGUAAAUAUGGCGCCUAAACAGGGUUUAUGAAUAGUGUGGAUGUGGUAAUUUCGUGAAAAACACGGUUUUUAAACCAGAUUCAGAGAAGUGUUGGAGCCGAUAUGGACAACGCGUAUCAGUACCCAGCUCCGUCAGAACAACAGCGGCCCCCAGGCUUUUCAGGAGGCUACGCCGAGCAGUGGAGUUCUUCGCCGGGACCGACGCAGCCGGGCCAGGCGGGUCCUGGUUGGGAUUCUUCCCCUGCAUAUUACAGCCACCAAAGCUACGGCUUUAAUUUAGGCCCCACGCCUUAUGGAGGACCUCCCUUCGGCCCUCCGUUCGGAUUUGACCCCUCCUUGCCGCCGCCUCCCUUCGGCUGUCCUCCCCCGGGACACAUGCUGCCCCCUGCUCCGGUGAACACAUACAAUAUCACGGGAGCCUUUCCUCAGCGUGAGUUCCAGUCGUUCUCUGUACCGUCUCAGAACAGACACCGGGAAUAUAAUGAUUUAUGUCAGCGCGGAGCUCCGGGGCUUUCCUCUCCUGCUGGUCAGAACUUUAUCCAGAGAUCGAGCACAACAACGCAGUCAGAAGACACAGUUCAGAGGAGGCAGGAUGCGGAGUGGAUCAGACGCUUCUUACAGAGAAGAGACCGCGUUUCUAAGACUCCGAAGACACAGCAACAGCAGCCAGACCACAACUGUGUUCCUGCCCUGAGAGAUGCUCUGUACGGGGCAGCUCGACUCAUCUCAGUGCUGGAAAAGUCCUGCGAAACUUUGAAACAAAACGUGGAGAAUGACACAUUGUGGACAGACUCGUAUUUAACUGCUUUAGACAUGAAAUCGGAAAUUCAGGACAAACUGAAGCUUCUCAGUGAUGCAGAGAGUUUGAAUCAACUGAAAGCUAAAGUGACCCGUCUUUCUCAGAGGAAGGCCCGAAGACAAAGAGCCAAGAAAAGGCUACAGAUGGAAGCAAAACGAAGGCAGGAAGAGCUGUGUGAGAAAGAAGCUGCUAUAGACAAAUGGAGGAUGAAGAAGAUACACGAAGUAGAGGAGAAAAAGAGGGAGCAGGAACUGAAGCUGGCUGCCGACUCGGUUCUCUGCGAGGUGAGACGAAAACAGGCUGACAUCAAAAGGAUGCAGGACAUCAUGAGGUCUCUGGAGAAACUGCGCAAGCUGCGGAAGGAGGCAGCAUCCAGGAAAGGUAUCGUCUCGGAGCAGAAAUGCGACGAGUCAUUCGCCAGUCAACUGGAGCAGCUGAGGAACGUAAUGAAGAAGAGGACGGCGGUUUACUCAGCGGAGGAGAAAGCGCUGAUGGUGAUGCUGGAAGGAGAGCAGGAGGAGGAAAGGAGGAGGGAGCAUGAGCGACAAGCGAAGAAGGAGAGAGAGAAGCAGCUGCAGAGGAAGUACAAAGUGGAUAGCAUGCUGUUCGGGGAGGAUCUUCCUGCUGAUCCCAUCCAGCUACCCUUCAGAGAAUAUUACACGGUGGCUCAACACUCUCUGCCAGCUUUAAUACAAAUCAGGAGAGAGUGGGAUGUGUUUGUGGUUGCAGCAGAUCAUCCUGAUGCUACCCCAAUUCCGCAGAGCUGGGUCCUACCAGACGUUCCCUCAGACCAAGACUGGGCCUCUGCUCUUCAAAUGACUGACACUGACGGAGACACGCUCUGACUUCCUGCAUGUCCUGUCAAUAUUUAGCUGCUUGUGGAAAACUGACAUUGCAGCUAGACAUGGACAGAUCUGUCUGAGAGAGCAAUGCACAUGAGGCAGUUUUAGUGUCAUGGGACAGGUGUCAGGUGGACUUUUGUGCAAUCCACAUAGUGGGUUUGUUUUAUUGAUUUCCCUUUUUAAGCACAACAAGAACAGAGAGCAAGCUUUAUUGCAAUACAUACAAUUUGUAUAAAUAAAUCAGAUUAGUUUCUGAAAUUUUGUAAAUAAAAAAUAGGGUCAUUUUCUAAUUAAAUUUUUAUUCUGAUGUCUUCAA